CAGCUUACAUCUCCUUCGUCCUGCUCGCCGGAGCAGCAAGUGUCUCCUCCGUCCUGCUUGCCGACAAGAAAGAAGCCUUGUUCCGGCGGCUUCGUGUGGGGCGUGUGACCUGCAGCGCCGGCGGCCCGUGCGGUGGCUUCGGUGUCCUCCCGCGGCGGAGCUCUUCAGCGGCCUUCUCCGCUCGGCGCGGACGGAGCUCAGCGGCCUUCUCCGCACGCGGGCGGCGCGGAAGAAGCUCCGUCUCCGCGCUCGUCCCCUCCACGGCUCCACUGCCCUGCCUCUCUAUUGCCAGUCUCUUCCUUCACGCCGCCACGCUUCUCGUUCUCGGCCGCUUCGCAAUUUCCCGGCAUAACCCACCCUCCCACUAGUUUCCCUUUCCUCCUGCUACAGUACUACACCCCUUUCCCACUACCCAAACAUAGGUUAGGGUUCAACUGCCUCCUCAUAUCCCAUUCCCACCCCUGAUAUCCCACUUCCCAAACGGCACCUAAGGCGGAAUCCUCCGCCUGCGGCCACCGCUCGCCGUCGAACCGCCGCCGCCGCCGCUGCCGCCGAAGGGAUUAUCAGAUCAGAUGGGGACUUCGGUGCAGGUGACGCCUCUCAGUGGGGCGUACGGGGAGGGUCCCCUGUGCUACCUGCUCGCUGUCGACGGCUUCCGCUUCCUCCUCGACUGCGGAUGGACGGACCUCUGCGAUACCUCGCAACUUCAACCCCUCGCCAAGGUUGCACCAACUGUAGAUGCUGUUCUUCUGUCACAUCCUGACAUGAUGCAUCUAGGAGCUUUGCCUUAUGCUAUGAAACAUCUUGGGCUCUCUGCACCAGUUUAUGCAACAGAACCCGUGUUUAGACUUGGCCUUUUGACCAUGUACGACCAUUUCCUAUCUCGAUGGCAAGUUUCAGACUUUGACUUGUUUACUUUGGAUGAUGUUGAUGCUGCAUUCCAAAAUGUUGUGAGAUUGAAAUACUCACAAAAUUACCUUCUGAAUGAUAAAGGUGAAGGGAUUGUUAUUGCUCCACAUGUGGCUGGGCAUCUUUUGGGGGGUACAGUGUGGAAGAUUACAAAAGAUGGGGAGGAUGUUGUGUAUGCUGUUGACUUCAACCAUCGGAAAGAGAGGCAUUUGAAUGGCACCGUUCUUGGAUCUUUCGUGCGGCCAGCUGUUCUUAUAACCGAUGCUUACAAUGCUUUGAACAAUCAAGGCUAUAGAAAAAAGCAAGAUCAAGAUUUCAUUGAUUCAUUAAUUAAAGUUCUAGCAACUGGUGGAAGUGUGCUACUUCCUGUUGAUACGGCUGGUAGAGUGUUGGAACUUCUUUUGUUAUUGGAUACGUACUGGGAUGAACGGCGAUUGCAGUAUCCUAUCUACUUUCUGACAAAUGUGUCGACAAGUACUGUUGACUAUGUCAAGAGUUUUCUUGAAUGGAUGCGUGAUCAGAUAGCAAAAUCUUUUGAAAGCAAUAGAGCCAAUGCCUUCUUGUUGAAAAAGGUAAUGCUGAUAAUUAACAAAGAAGAGCUUGAGAAAUUGGGAGAUGCUCCAAAGGUGGUUCUAGCAUCCAUGGCAAGUUUGGAGGUUGGCUUUUCUCAUGACAUAUUUGUUGAGAUGGCAAAUGAAGCAAGAAAUCUAGUGCUCUUUACUGAGAAGGGACAGUUUGGGACACUGGCUCGAAUGCUCCAAGUGGACCCACCCCCUAAAGCUGUAAAGGUCACUAUGAGCAAGCGCAUUCCUUUGGUGGGUGAUGAACUAAAGGCUUAUGAAGAAGAACAGGAACGGAUAAAAAAAGAAAAAGCGCUAAAGGCUAGCCUUGUCAAAGAAGAGGAGCUGAAGGCUUCUCUUGGAUCAAAUGCCAAGGCUUCUGACCCAAUGGUCAUUGAUGCAAGCUCAUCUCGAAAAUCUGCGAAUGCUGGUUCACAUUUUGGUGGGAACACUGAUAUUCUCAUUGAUGGAUUUGUACCUCCUUCAACCAGUGUUGCUCCAAUGUUUCCCUUUUUUGAAAACACUGCUGAAUGGGAUGACUUUGGUGAGGUCAUCAACCCUGAUGAUUAUAUGAUGAAACAAGAAGAAAUGGAUAAUACUCUGAUGCUUGGUCCUGGAGAUGGUUUAGAUGGUAAGAUUGAUGAUGGCUCAGCACGCCUGCUUCUCGAUUCAACACCCUCAAAAGUCAUUUCCAAUGAGAUGACUGUUCAAGUGAAAUGCUCAUUGGUUUAUAUGGACUUUGAAGGUCGCUCUGAUGGGCGUUCUGUAAAAUCAGUUAUUGCUCAUGUGGCUCCACUGAAACUUGUUCUGGUGCAUGGAUCAGCGGAAGCAACUGAACAUUUGAAAAUGCAUUGCACAAAGAAUUUAGACCUUCAUGUUCAUGCUCCUCAGAUUGAGGAAACAAUUGAUGUAACAUCGGAUUUAUGUGCUUAUAAGGUCCAACUUUCAGAGAAGUUAAUGAGUAACAUCAUUUCUAAGAAGUUGGGUGAGCAUGAAAUUGCUUGGGUGGAUGCAGAAGUUGGAAAAGAAGAUGAGAAGCUUAUUUUGCUCCCCCCAUCAUCAACACCGCCACCCCACAAGCCAGUUCUUGUGGGUGAUUUAAAAUUGUCCGAUUUUAAACAGUUUUUGGAAAAUAAAGGCUGGCAGGUUGAAUUUGCCGGAGGUGCUUUGCGGUGUGGCGAAUACAUCAUGGUGCGCAAGAUUGGAGAUUCUAGCCAAAAGGGCAGCACAGGGUCUCAGCAGAUCGUCAUUGAGGGCCCACUCUGCGAGGACUAUUACAAGAUCAGGGAGCUUCUGUACUCGCAGUUCUACUUGCUGUGAGACAACUGCAUCUCUCGUGGUACAUUUAACCCAGUCGUGUUGUGCAAGUGAUGAGUGCAUAGGCAAGAGAGGGACCCGGGAGCUGUUUUGGUGGUAGGAAUUAGGAUGUAUUGGAACCGGCUGCACUCGAGAAUGUACUGGGCAGUGGGCAUACCAAGAUUACAUUUGGAUAAUGUCAGAAAACCUUUAAUCUUGCUGCAUAAGUACUAACCUGGUGUUUGACAUCUUUUGUUUCCCCUUUCACAUGCUUAGACUUGUGUUGGCCGAAAUUAGUACAAGAAUGGUAUAUGCUGUCUGUGGAAGUGCUGAACUGGGAAGAUGCACUACUGAUGUUACCUGUUCUUUGGCACGGGACAGACGAGAGGACUGCUACUCAAGCUGCCUAACCAACUUAGCUAGAGGCAGUGUGUCUUGCAAUGUCUGGAAGAUGAAAGUGACGCUUGGUUGUCUGUUCAGUGUCAUUUAGGGGGUGUUUAGUUCCUCAUAAAAUGUAAAAUGCAAAAUGCCAAUUACUUUGAAAUGAUGGAAUGCAAAAUGGUAAUUUUUUAGUGU